AUGGUGGAGGGCCCUGCGAAGCGCCAGCGUGUGGACGAGAACUCCGAACCGAACAGGCAGAGCGUGACUGAUGAGCAGAAGGCCAUUGUGGAAAAGAACCGGCAGGUGGCGCUAGCGCGGCGCAGCGCCCAAACCGAGCAGAGGAUCCGGCAGAAUCGUGAGGCUGCGUUGGAGCGAAGGCGUCAACGCCUGGAGCUCUUGAAAGGCAGCCAAGAAUGCCAGGACGUUCUGCAGAAUAUCUCCAAUCAGAGUGGAGAGGACUUGCAGCAGCCCACCUCCAAAGAAGAUGACGCAGGGAAGCAGGAGGUGCUGCAGAACAUCUCCAAGGAAAAGGCUCAAUUCAAUCAGAGUGGAGAGGACUUGCAGCAUCCUACCUCCAAAGAAGAUGAGGACAGACAGGAGCAUGCGUUGCUGAACAUCUCCCAGAAACAGGCUGAAGUGAAUCAGAGUGGAGAGGAGAUCUCGCAGCAAGAUGCGGCCACGCUGGCCAUGGCUCAGGACCAUCAGCCCACCCAUGAAUCGUCCGCAGUCGAGGACAUGGAGGAAUCUUCUGAGUGUGCCUUCGAGCUGACAUCAGGUUCUGAGUCCAGCCUGAGCUCUCGUGAGUCCAGCCUGAGCAGCUCUGAAUCCUCCAGCUCGGAGAGUUCAGGAGAGGAGGAAGACAAAGAGGAAGAUCAGGAUCAUCAGGAGAUUCUUGCAACAGCAAAGACAGAGGACCUCGAAGAGGAUCUUGUAGAACAGGAGGAGGACGAGGGUCCAGUUGAUCUCAAGAUCUGUCGCGAAGCACGACCGCGUGGCGAACCAGAGUGCUGCACCCAACGAUGGGCGCCAGUGGAGUUGCAAGGUCUAAGCACCGGUGAGGUGCCAGCAGCAAAGACGCGCGAGCGCAGUGCGAAGCAGGCGCUAGUGGCCAAGCUUCUCUGCCGCUGGUGGUAUGUUCUCCCAGAUUGGCCGCCCAAGGACUUUGACUACACGGCUGCGUUGGCCGAAGCAGGUUUUCGCGCGGUGUCAGUGGAAGAGUUCGAGCAGGAAGCAGAGCUAGAGGGCAACUUGAGGAAGGUCUUUGCUUUGCCAAACGGCUAUCCUGGACUCUACCGCGAUGAGCAGGGCUGCUUGAUUGACGUUCGCCCUGUGAAGGGCCGGCCGUCCUAUGAUCAGCUGAUGUUGAGGAGCAAAAGCGAGCUCCACAAACUCCUGGUCUUGGCCUACACCCGACAACUGGAGGUCUUAGAGUCCCGCGCGCGCUCGAAUGAUUUGGAGACGUUGCGACAGCAACUGCGGCAGGAACUGGCACAGGUCGGCAGUACGGAGUUGGAAGACACAUCCAGCAACUCUGAGGACAUGUUGAACCGAUAUCAAGCGAAAGAGGAGGCCUGCAACUUCUUGCUGAAGUGCGAGAAGUUCUUUGCCGACUACGUCGGUAUGAAGUAUGCACUGGCUUUGAACAGCGGUGGGAUUGCCAUCAGCCUUGGCCUAGAAGGUAUCAAGCGGGUGAUCUUUCCGGAGGAUGACGUGGAUCAGAUCCGUGUUUACUCGAACGCCUUUACGUUCAAUGCAGUACCUGCAGCUUGUGUGGUCGCUGGCUUUCGCAACACUCUGAAGCUCAUUGAGGCGACACCCGAGCUGACCAUUGAUCUAGAUCACUGGGAGGCGUGCAUCAAGGAGGACUUGGAGUCCAAGAGAUUUGCACCAGGGAAGAUGAUCCUCGUGCUCUCCUAUAUGCGCGGACGCGUGCCAGACAUGCACAAGGUGAUGGACAUCUGCAAGAAGUACGAGGUGCAACUCUUGGAAGACUCCGCACACGGCUAUGGCUGCUCCUUCGAUGGCCAGAAGUGUGGCUCGUUUGGUGUGGUUUCAACAAUCUCUACGCAGGCGAACAAGCUGGUGAACACCGGUGAGGGUGGUAUGAUUCUUACCAGCAACGAUGCCAUGCAAGCCUUCUUCAUUUUCUCCGCAGGCAGCUAUGAAGAGCUGUGGAAGAAGCACGAAUCUAUGACGCCACCUGAAGAGGUAGCCCUGAAGUUCAAGUACACGACCGUGAACAAAUCGGUGCGGAUGACCAAUAUCCAAGGUGCUAUCAUGUUUCCGCAGCUGAGCGUCAUGGAUGAGCGCAUCGAUCAGCACAACGCGAUGUAUAGUGUUUUGAUGUCAACAACAAUUGAGAAGCUUGAGGCCCUGAAACCUGGAAGCAGCAGACGGGUUUACUUCAUCCCGCAGGUACACGAGCUCGUUGGUCCGGUCUUCGACUCCAUGCAGAUGCAAAUUCGCGACAGCAAUGGGGAAGUAGCUGCAGAGGAGCAUCCGGGCCUGAACGGCUUUUUAAAAGAGAUGCAAGGUCGCAAGCAUGGCAUCGCGAAAUUCUCCGACCCAGCAAAUGCUCGGAAUUUCUUGUCCUGGCAAUAUUUGAAGCCAGAAGAUGUGUUAGCUGACGCGCUCCCCAAAACCACCAAGAACCUCCUGAACGUUUGUGAUCUUCGACUACUUUGUCAUGACACGGAGGCGCACGGAGAGGAUUUCAGAUCACUUCCUCUUGCGCACGUGAGGAUAUGA